UCUAGACGCUCCUUUCUCCAGAUUCCAACUGGUAAUUAGCCUUUAUCCCUACAAUCAAGUUGCCACUCUCGAGGUUACACUAUUCUUUGAUCCUUCUUUGCGUCGCCAAGAUCAGGUUCAUCUUUUGAACGUAACAACGAGAUCGUAUUCCUUCUGACGACCUAUAUCUCUUAGCUUUGACAGCUGUCACAUACACCGUCCCUGCAAGAGACACCGAACAAGACCACAUAACCGCAAACAUGGCGCAAGCUGGAGGCUCAUACAACAACCCCUUGAAGAAAUUCAAGCUGGUGUUUCUGGGAGAGCAGAGUGUUGGCAAGACCUCUUUGAUCACACGAUUCAUGUACGACUCUUUCGACAACAUGUACCAAGCGACGAUUGGCAUUGAUUUCCUUUCCAAGACCAUGUACCUCGAGGACCGAACGGUGCGAUUGCAGCUCUGGGAUACCGCCGGACAAGAACGAUUCCGAAGUCUGAUUCCAUCCUAUAUCCGUGAUUCAAGCGUGGCAGUUGUUGUCUAUGACAUCUCCAACGCCAAGUCGUUCCAAAACACCAAGAAAUGGAUUGAUGAUGUACGAGCCGAACGAGGUAACGAUGUUAUUAUUGUGCUGGUUGGCAACAAGACGGAUUUGAACGAGAAGCGAGAAGUUACUACACAGCAGGGCGAGGAAGAGGCUAAGAAGAACAACUUGAUGUUUGUCGAGACAAGCGCAAAGCUGGGCCACAACGUGAAGAACCUAUUCAAGAGGAUAGCACAGGCCCUGCCUGGUAUGGAGGGAAGCGACGCUGCUGCGCAAGCUUCAAACCAGAUGAUCGACGUCAAGACGAACAACACGCAGCAAUCACAAGAGGGAUGCGCGUGCUAAAUACCAUCACGCCGAAUCAGAACUGGAGUACUGGAGUAUCUGGGAAAACGCAAGCCAUGCUCGAAUCGCGAAAGAACCUUUGCUACGUCGCGCAUAAGACAGGAUAUCAAGCAUAGCGUGCGGAUUUUAGUGCGGGAGCUUGUAUAAUACAACCAGGACUACGAGCCUACGAUCGUUAUAUAAGACACUUUAAUGCCUUGGUUCGACUAGCUUUGAGGCUAAUCAAUCAUUUCGCUUCUAAUACUAUUGCUCGAUAUAAAUCAGGGGUGACAUUCCAAGAUGCCCGGAUAUGUGGCGAUCCAAACGCCUUGGUGACAGUGCAUUCGUCUUUUGUUGGCCAAACAUGGUACGUAUCUCAAAAAAAAAUGUGUUGUUUUAUGUAAGGCAAACAUUCUCCCGGUUUUCUUUUAAGCGGCAUUUUGUACCUGCACCUCGCCAUUGGCGAGACCGAAAUAGGCCGCAAUGGGCUUCUGCGCUUGCGACUCCUUGCCCAGCUUGACAGCUUCGUUUCCAUUGAAGCCGUGAAACAAACCAAUUUCAACAAUACCAGGUGUUCGGACCAGUUCCUCGGCGAGGGCAUUAACCUCCCAGGCACCAUUUUCUCCACGGCCCUUGUUCUCGGAGUUGAUAUCCUUGGGAAGAAGCAAGGGAGAGAACGGUGCGUCAAUAAGCCACAUGCCGUUGUCUGUUACACAUUCGCCAGCUUUGGCAGGGAGACCUGAACGAAUGGCAGGUUUGGGGGACCCCAUGGCUCGAAGG